AUGAGCGACAAGAAGCGCAAGCUCGAGGACGAGGCCGAGACCAUUCAGCGCAAGGAAAAGAAGGAGAUGAAGAAGGAGAAGAAGCGUGAAAAGGCUGCCAAGAAGGAGAAAGUCUACAAGGACCCCAGCGAGCAAACCCCCGAAGAGCGCGCUGAAGCUCUGGCCAAGAAAGAGCGCAAGGCCAAGAAGUAUAACAACAACAAGCGCAAGGAAAGCAAGUCCGAGACUAAAGAUGAGUCUCCUGUUGAAGCUGAUGCUGAUAAGAUGGUCAUCGAUGAGAAGGUGAAGGAGGAGUCUAAGAGCGAGCGCAAGCAAAGGAAAGAGCAGGGGAAGAAGGAACGCAAGGAGAAGAAGCAGAAGAAGGCCGAGAAGGCCGAAAAGAAGGCCAAUGGCUCCGCUGAAGAGGCUAAUGGAGACGUUACUGAGGAGGCCAUUGAGGAGACCGCCGAGGCCACCGAAGAAGCCAACGGAGAGACCGCUCAGGAAGGCACAUCUAAGAACUCUCGCUUCAUUUGCUUCGUCGGCAACCUCCCCUAUUCUGCCAACCAUGAGUCUCUGUCAAAACACUUCGAGAAGAACCCACCUGCGGAGAUUCGCGUGGCCACCAAGAAGGACGACCCCAAGAACAAGUGCCGUGGCUUUGCUUUCAUCGAGUUCGACAACUAUGAUCGCAUGAAGACCUGCCUCAAGCUGUACCACCACUCCACCUUUGACGACGGAAAAUACCCGCCCCGACGUAUCAAUGUUGAAUUGACGGCUGGAGGCGGUGGCGGCAAGUCGGAUCACCGCAGAGCCAAGAUCCAGGCUAAGAACGAAAAGUUGAAUGACGAGCGCCAACGGAAUGCGAAGGAAAUCCAAAAGGACAAGAAGAAGCACUCCAAGAAGACCCAGCCCGAGGGUGCUUCUGGAGCUAACGCCGUCAAAGUCGACGCCAACGCCAGCGCCAACGCCAAUGCCAACGCCAAUGCCGGUGAGGAUGACAAGUUUGCCAACGUGCAUCCUAGUCGUCGGGGACGCAUGUGGUAG